AUGUCUCGCACCUGCAUCCUCGUCGUCGGGUUGCCCCUGGGUGCCUGCUUGUGCUUCGUGGUCUACGCCAUCUUCGUGGUGCCCGCACUGGAGCCCGGGUUGCGGGACGGCGUGGACCUGAUGGGCGGGCACCACUUGCAGGGCCGCGAGUACCUGUACCUCGUGUACUGGGCGUGUGCAGGCACGCUCAUCACGCUGGCUGCGUGUCUGGGCCUCACCAGGCUCUGCAGGUGCCAAGUCAAGGACUUUGCAGACGAGUACGCCACCGGUGGUGGUGGUGGUGCCUCAUCGUCGUCGUCGUCGUCGCCAGCAGGAAGAGGAACCCUCCUGCGAGGGGGCCACCACCAGCCUGUAAACCUUCUUUUUCUUGCAACCUCGUCAUUGUCAUCAGGGAAGCAGCAACAGUCGGUCAAGUUGCCGUCCUUUAUUGCUGCUGCGUCUGGCCUGUCGUCGUCCCCAUCCUCACCAGCAGCCCCGUCUUCUGCAUUGGCCUUGACCAGAACCCUGACUGUGCAACCCAGCACGAACCCGGGCUUCGUGUUUGACGACGACGACGACGACAACGACGACGACGACGACGGGUUGCCGACGACGAUUCGAUCGUUGGAGGAAAAGCUGGCUGCAGCCCGCGUGUGGCCCAAUACUUAUUCUGGUACUGCCGGGAUGGGCCAGCGAUGGAGGUCCAUGCCCUUCGAGCGGGGUUUCAGUCUGGCCUGGGACGACGACCUGGGCUUCGAUGACUUGAAACUUGGCGACGAGCCUUUGACUCCGGAAGUGGACGCAUCCAUUUCCGAGAAACUGCGAACGAUACAGACUAGGUCCGCGUCGAAAACGAACUUUGUCCCUGACACGCCGACGACGACGGACGACGGCGUCGUCGUCGAGGAAGCGGAUCUCUUCCCUUCUUCUUCUUCUUCUUCUUCGACUCAUCCUCCGCCUAGCUUCCUGACGACGAUGACCUCGUCCCACAUUGACUUAUUUCCCGACACUUGCUCGUCAUCAACGUCGACGACGACAGGAAACAAACAAUAA